CGGAUAAAAAUGCUUAUUUGUACGCGUGUGCUGUUUUGUUCGGUGAUUUGGCAAGUUUAAACCGACUUAAACUUCUUCCAAGUUGCCCAAUAAAUAGGAAAAGCCCAACAAUGUCCGUUCUCGCCGUGUUGCGUUUAAUGACAUUUCGUUCACGUUUUAGGCGGAUUUGCUGUUUUCGCCGCUUCCUUCCAUCCGUCCAACGCCAUCACUCCACGUACACACCAGUGGCUCACCUCAGUCCUGGUAUUGAGAGAUACAAGGACUUGCAAGCUUCUUUUAAGAGACACCUGAAGGCAUCAUACAACAGGUUCUCAAACACACCUGACUACUCAGAGGUGUAUGGACGCCACCAUGUUUACUUCAUUGAAGGAAACUGCAUCUACAGAGUGGAUAAGAAGACACAAGGUGAGUCAGAACCAGAGCUGGUUGUUCACCUGGGACAGAUCCCUGUUGGUGAGGAAGACGAUGAGGAGACAGGACCUGAAGAGUGGACGGUGCAGAGAAUGCGUCUGUCCCCUCAGGAGAAGCAUCUCGCCGUCACAGUGAAGGCACAACACAAGCAAGCUUUAAGGUGUGCGCUGGUGAAGCUCGGACUGAAAAGAUCUCAUGUUCUGCUCACACUGGACCACGUCUUCAGCUUCGAGUGGGCCACAGAUGAGGUUUUGUUCUACACAAGCCAAGAGGGUCUGCGGUGCCACAGAGUCCACCGUCUGGACUUGACUCCGCACGGGAGCAACGUACGAUCCGUUUACCAGGAAUCCCAGCCUGAUGUGUUUGUGGAGGUGGUCCUCUCCAGAGACCAAAAGCUGCUCACCAUCAACAGCAGCAGCAGGACCAGCUCAGAGGUUCUGAUGGUCGAUGUCUCCGAUCCCCGUCUAGAACCCGUCAUGGUUCAGCCGCGCCAGCCGGAGCUGUUGUACCACCUGGAGCACUGGAGGCGGAGCUUGAUCGUACUCGCCAACACGGGGCCUGGCCAGGAAUAUCAGGUGGUGAAAGCCCCCCUCUCUGAGCCCUCCAUGUUGUCCUGGCACACAGUGUUCACGCCCCGUGCUGGCACCGUGCUCAAAGACAUGGACGUUGUCGAGGACCACUGUGUCCUGCUCGCGAAGACGGCAGCCAAUGAGCUGGAGCUGAUUGUGGUCCCACUGAUCCAACCCAGCCAAGCGUACACUUUGCAGCUCCCCUCCUGGGCCUGCAGCGUUGAAAGCAAGCGUCCGGGCCUUGCGGACCAACAAGGCGUGUUGGAGUUCCUCAUCUCCUCUCCAGCCCACCCCCCCGUGUCCUACUGCCUGUACCCAGAGGAAGGGCUCCUUUUACCGGCCCCAGCUUGCUCUCCCGAGAACCAGGGGAGUGCGAUCAGCACCAUGCGCUUGCAGGCCUGCAGCCAAGAUGGUACUCUGGUGCCGCUGACACUCCUGCACGGAGCAAAGUGCAGCAAAGAGACGCCUGUGCUGGUGCACGUCUACGGAGCUUACGGCAGGGACGUCAACAUGGACUUCUGCCUGGAGAAAAGGCUUCUGCUGGUGCGCGGCUGGGCUCUAGCCUACUGUCAUAUCAGAGGGGGAGGAGAGCUCGGAUUGUCCUGGCAAAGAGGAGCUCGCGUGGAGGGGAAGGUCAAAGGCGUGGAGGACCUGCAAGCCUGCCUCAAUCACCUCUUCUCCUCAGGGGUCUCCAGCCCCUCGCUGACCGCCCUCACGGCCUGCAGCGCCGGCGCCGUGCCGGUGGGGGCCGUGUGCAACAGGCGACCAGACAUGAUGCAGGCGGUCGUACUGCAGAGUCCUUUCCUGGACGUGCUGGGAGCAAUGGAGGACGCCCAGCUGCCUCUCACCGUGGAGGACAGGGAAGAGUGGGGGGACCCCGUCGGUAACCCAAAACAUAGACUCGCUAUCGCCUCCUAUUGCCCAGUUCGCAACAUUACACCACAGCGCUACCCGUCCAUGCUGCUGAUGGCCUCCAGCGCGGACAGCAGGGUGCCUCUGGCCGGUGUCCUGAAGUACGUCGAGAAGCUGAAAGAAGCGGCGGCGAAAAUAGAACAUGAACCAAACAUUGUUGUGAAUAUCAAACAUGGAGGAGAUCACCUGGAAGCAGAAGACUGGGACUUGAUGCUGGAGGAGGUAAAAGCUUUGUUGAAGAUGACCACAAUGUAUCCCACAAAUAACUUAGAGUGCAUCUGCACAUUUUGCCUAUUAUUCACAAUCCCUAUGUAAGACAACAACACAUUUUUCUUCUUUUUAUGCAUUCUAAGUCGUAAAAUACGGCAAGUAGGAGGUGGCGAACAAUGCAGCUAAUGGGAGUACCGUAUUUUUCGGACUAUAAGUCGCAGUUUUUUUCAUAGUUUGGCCGGGGGUGCGACUUAUACUCAGGAGUGACUUAUGUGUGAAAUUAUUAACACAUUACCGUAAAAUAUCAAAUAAUAUUAUUUAGCUCAUUCACCUAAGAGACUAGACGUAUAAGAUUUCAUGGGAUUUAGCGAUCAGGAGUGACAGAUUGUUUGGUAAACGUAUAGCAUGUUCUAUAUGUUAUAGUUAUUUGAAUGACUCUUACCAUAAUAUGUUACGUUAACAUACCAGGCACGUUCUCAGUUGGUUCUUUAUGCCUCAUAUAACGUACACUAAAUCGGCCUGUUGUUCACUAUUCUUUGUUUAUUUUAAAUUGCCUUUCAAAUGUAUAUUCUUGGUGUUGGGUUUUAUCAGAUAAAUUUCCCUAAAAAAUGCGACUUAUAUAUGUUUUUUCCUUCUUUAUUAUGCAUUUUCGGCCGGUGCGACUUAU